GCGUAAGAAACUCGUUCCAGUCGGUCAGCUAAUCAGAAUACCGAUAACAAAAUCCUGUUGGCAUGUAUAUAAAGAUGGCGGAAAGAUGUGAUCAUGCCUUGAGCGGAUGAAGCAGCAUGGAACCUUUCGGCUUAUUUCUCAUCUACUGAUAAUGUUGGUGUUAUUAGCAGCUGCCAUGUCCUUUGAAAAUCAAUCAGAACACUUCGAAAAUCUCGACGAAGAUGACGUCAUAUUUUAUUCUGUGUUGUAUUCAGUUGUCACUGUGGUUUUUGCGAUGGCAGUCCUGUCAAAGUUUCUGACAAAUGAAUUGCGAAUGGGAUUCCGAUCAGUUUUAAGUCUCCUAGUGCUAUUUUUGGGAGAGCCUCUCUGUCAAUUCUUAAUUAAGGGACCAGGGGGUGUGCUGACUUUCGCUGGAUGCUGUCUGUUUAUUUAUUCAAUUCUUCCUGCAAGUCAUCUACCUGUUGGAAAUAAAACAGUUCUGGUGACAGGAUGUGAUUCUGGAAUUGGUCAUGCUGUGGUGAGGAAGUUGGACAGUCUUGGUAUGAAGGUCUAUGCUGCCUGUUUAGAUACCAACAGCCCUGGAGCUGUCUCACUCCACAAUAACUGCUCAGAAAAUGUACAUAUUCUCCAACUUGAUAUCACAAACAAGAAGGACAUUGAAAAUGUGGUUAGUUUUAUAAACAACAGAGUAGGUUCAGAAGGACUCUGGGGUCUAGUCAACAAUGCAGGUGUGUGGUAUUUCUCAGAGAUAGAAAUGACAUCGGACAGCCUGCUCCGGAAAGUCCUGGAGACCAAUAUUCUGGGAGCCAUCUCUCUCACCCGGGCUCUGCUUCCUCCAAUACGACAGGCCAAGGGAAGAAUAGUUAAUAUAUCUAGUUUAUUAGGCAGAAUAACAAUGGAAGGAAAUGGAGCCUAUGCUAUUUCUAAGCAUGCUUUGGUGGCAUUCUCAGAUACACUUAGGCAGGAAAUGAAGAAGUGGGGAGUGAAAGUUUCUGUCAUUGAACCAACAGGGUUUUCUACAGACAAUAUGAAAGAACACAACAUACUACGUAGAAAAGAAGAAAUUUGGAAUUCUAUUGAAAGUGAAGAGAUCAGAAACACUUAUGGAAGGCGAUACCUUGAUGGUAUUUACAACAGCAUAAUUGAGGGGUCUGGUCGCUACCCCUCAGAUCUGACCCCGGUGACAAGAGCGGUCAGAAGCGGGCUAUUGUCAAAACGUCCCAGGCAGAGAUACCCAUGUGGGACAGGGGCAGAGUUUCUCCUGACCCUGUAUCCAUUGUUACCUGUAUGGAUGGCGGAUUCCUUGUCGGCCUCUCUUGGAAUUAUGCCCAGAAAUAUUAGCCCAGCAGCUCUGGAACAGUAAUGAUCAAAACAUGUCUCCUUCACUGAGCCAACACUGCCACGUGCAUGCCCAAAACUAUUUUUUCUGCUUAGAACUUCAUUGUCAAUAUUGUCAGCUGUCAAGGAUGGAACAAUUGUUCACUUUUUUAUUAAAAAAGGGAAAUUUAUGUCAUUUUCUUUUGUGCAAUUUUAAAACAAGAUUACAUCAUUGUUUGGCUGUUGUG